GAUGGUAGAGCUGCAGCAAAACAGAGAUAAAUUUGCCAGUGAAUGGAAUUGGGAUGAUUUAAGGCGCACGUUGAAUCACGCUCGCGUAGAAUUUUAGUCAGUGUUUAUUUUAUUUUUUUCUAAAAAACCUAUUGUACGUGAAGUGCAAUUGCGGUUAUAUAAAAUUGCUGGACUGCAACUGCAUAUUUACAAAAGAGGACUCUUGUGCUGAGCCAUGGGUCAGAUCGUGGGCUCCAUGCAUAAAAAUGUUGCGGAGGCGUUUGGCCACCGACUGAAAAGGAAACGCAGCACUGACUCCUCGCAGGGCAACGAUGAACAGGCCCAGCAGGACACCACGCAACCUAAGAAAUUGAAGCUUCUAACCACUACACAGUACAUAUACAAGGCGCUCUUCAAGGAAGAAAAGAACUCAGAUGUGGCAGUUAUGGCUCUCGAUAAAGUGUGGCACCUGCACAAGGUUUAUCUGAGCCAGAGUCCAUACUUCUACACCAUGUUUAAUGGAUCAUGGCGGGAGGCACAGCAGAACUUUAUUCAGAUUGCAAUCCUCGAUGAACGGAUUACCGUGGCCAGCCUGGAUGCUGUAUUUGGAUCCAUGUACUCUGAUGAGAUUGAGAUUGAGCCAACGGAUGUGAUCUCAGUCUUGGCCACGGCCACUCUGUUCCACUUGGACGGGAUCAUCGAAAAGUGUGCCGAAGUAAUGGUGGCCAACAUCAGUCCAGAGACAGCCAUCCAGUACUACGAGGCGGCAUGCCAGUAUGGUGUUGUGGGUGUAAAGAAGUGCACCUUCCAGUGGUUUCAAAUCAACCUGCUAAGCAUUUAUAGUAAACAGCCUAACCUCCUGAGGCACAUAUCCAUUGAGCUUAUGAGUGCCCUAACCGCCAGCGCUGAUUUGUAUGUAAUGCAGACAGAAUUUUCACUGUACACAUUGCUGCGAACAUGGAUGUUCUUGCGACUGCAUCCCGACCACGAUCCAGAAGACCCAGAGCAGCGUGCGGAGGCCGCUAAGGCGCAGGAGCGAUUGGUUAAUGCCGGAGUUGAUACACACGCUCCCAGCGGAGAUGUCGUCCAGUGGACGUACUUCACCAGUCGUAUGGAGGAGCGAUCUUUCCUUGCUACGCCUGAGGGGCAACCGUAUGUAAGGGUCUUCCAGAGGCUACGAACCCAGUACCUGACUAACCACUACAUGGAUCUGAAGAUCAUCUACAAUGACAACAUUAUACCCAAGGAGUGGCUCUAUCGGCAUAUUCACAACCACUGGGAUGCCCUUCUGCGAAUUGAUCAUGGGCAGGAGGAUUGUAGUCCGCAGCAGCUGGACGACGAGCAGUUCUUUGAAAGCUGCAUGCGUUGCGGUCGUAUGUUACUUGAGCCUGGCUACCAAAAGUGGCGCUGGACGGGCUUUAACUAUGGCAUGGAUCUCAUUUUGAUCAUGGACUCGCGCAGACUGAAUAUUCGUCGACACCAUCGGCACGAGCACGAGAGGGUGCUCAGCCUGCAGACGAAGCGCAAGUUUAUGGUCCGCACCACGGUGACGUCGAUAAACGCCCAGCGCCAGCCAAUCUUCACCCAGUCGUCCGAAAUCUGUUCACUUAGCCUCGAGAAGAACGAAGAGGUACCCCUGAUGGUGCUAGACCCCAAGCUGGUACAUCCACUGCUUAUCUCUAUUAACAUGCUGGUGGUAAUGCCGCCGAAUCAGAGUUUCAAGGAGAUUGUGCCGUUCAGUGAGGACGCGACAACGUCGCUGUCCAUACCCAUUUCUGAGAUCGGAGCAGAUAGCGAGCGACCGCUAACUCCGGCCAGUGCCGACGACUCUGCCGUCUUUAUUGGCGACUCGGAGCCCUCAACGCCAUCCUCCCCAGCUCCACGGCCAAGAAUUGCUUGGUCGGCAACCGAGACGGAUGGUAUCUACGGCCAACUGGCGUGCUGAGCACGAUCAUCAGAAUAGUCCACCAAAAACAGAACCAGUACCACCACUACCACCAUUUUUUGUUCAUACCCGCUGCGGCCGGGGCUCGUUGUAGUUGUAAUUGUAAAAUCGUUUUUCGCCAUCGCGAUUAGCUACCGCUGAUCAUUCUGAUAUAGACGUUUGUACAUUAAACUUAGGCAUAUCCGCUAUCGUUUGUGGUACGCGUAGAUCUAUAUUUUUGUAUAUCGUUUACAUCAUUAGUAUCUUGUAAUAACGCUUAACGUCAUCUACUUGUUAAAAGUAGACGCACGCUACUUGUGCACUCGCACAAUGAAGAUGUUGCACAUAGUUCGUAAAUUAAGAAUUUUAAGAUUGAUUGUUAUGUUUAAGUAACAAGAAUCGCGGCAAAGAAACUAUCAUUUAAGCGUGUUCGAAUCCUGCAAGUUCAACGCAUAUGAUUACUGUCCCUAACACAUUUUUACUCGCUUCAUGUACGCACAGUAACUAUUAACUUGAGUGAUCAUUUAUUAAAAAUUACAAAUAACUCAAAA